UUUGACGACGGCUCCAAUUUAUUUACCGCUUCAAUUUGUCGUCGCUUCUCGCGGGAUUCACGUCGUCACAGCGGAAAACCUUGUCGCCAAUAUACCUACAUUGAUAACGAGAUUGAAAUAUUCCCAAUUAAAGAAUAUCGCCAACGCAGCCGGCUUCAUUAAAAUAUAUAUAAAAUAUAAACGUGUGUGCUUUUUCCAUUUUUUUUGAGUGCAUUAUUCCAAUUUUGGGGCCAGAAAAAAGAGUGCUGAAAGUGCUGGCGGGCACAAUAAACGCUGCCCCUGUCUCACCUGAGCGCUUCAAGCCACAAAAGUGUAAAGUGCAGCGCGACUCUUUGCUUUUCGGUCGCUUUUUCUGCUUUUUGUUUUUGCUUGCGAUUUCGAGAUCCGCGAUUCAGCAAGAAUUCUGCGAGCGUGUGCGCGAGUGGUUGCUGUUGUUGUUGCUGCUGUUGCUGCCGCGCUCUAAUUGCUAGUCUUCGUGCGGAGAAUUCUUCAGGCGCUUCUUUUUCUUCUUCUUGGGACGCCCGCACCGCAAAUGAGCUGCCUGUGAGGACAUUCCCGCAACAUGAUGGCGAUGACAGCAGCCUCGGCUUCGAUGUCCACAGCCGCAUCGCUGACCAACUCGGCGUCGACGGACUGCAGCAGCAGCAUGCAGGGAUCGACGACCAGUUCGGCGUCCAGCGAUGUGAUGACCUUGACGACCACGGCGGCCUCCUCGUGGUGCGCCAUUCCCGCGAGCUCCCGCCUCCGCGUGCUGCGCCUGGUGAGGCCGCAUCAGAGGCGACUCCUGGUGGGCGGACCGGAGAGGGGCAGCACCUACGGAUUCACGGUGCGCGGCGGACGGGAGCACGGCACCGGCUUCUUUGUGUCCCACGUGGAGCACGGCGGCGAGGCGCAGCUGAAGGGUCUGCGGAUUGGCGACCAGAUCUUGCGGAUCAAUGGCUUCCGCCUGGACGAUGCCGUGCACAAGGAGUUCAUCCAACUGGUGGCUGGCCAGGAUCGGGUCACCCUGAAAGUGCGCGGUGUGGGAAUGCUGCCUGUGAGGGACCAACCAGAGGAACGCUUGUCCUGGAGCGUGGUGAAGCUGCCCAGCGUAAGUGGCACUCCCUCGGAGAGCUCCUUCAAGGGCGAGAGACGCGGCGCCAGCCGGGACAUCAGUGUGGUGCUCCAUGUGGCGCCCAGGACGAAGCUGGGACUGGGCAUUUGCAAGGGUCCCGAGUGGAAGCCGGGCAUCUUUGUGCAGUUCACCAAGGAGCGGAGUGUGGCCCGGGAGGCGGGCUUGCGGCCGGGUGACCAGAUCCUCAGCGUCAACAGCAUCGACUUCUCGGACGUCCUCUUCAGCGAGGCCGUCGCCGUGAUGAAGAGCAGCAGCAAACUGGACAUGGUGGUGCGCACGGCGGCCGGAUGUGACCUCUUUCCGGGUGAAUCCAGUGGCUACAACAGCUCUGCCAGCUCGGUGACGGGCGAUCAGAGUCCUUGCUGGGCGGACGCCAAGUCCAAGCGCUUGACGGCGGUCAGGGAGGAGUCCGGAGCAGGUGGAGCAGGUGGAGCAGGACCCGGGGCAGGCAGUCCCAAUUGGUCGCAGGGCGUCGAGGUGCACAAGCAGAUGAACAGGACCAUCAUCAAGUUGACGGAGAACGGGACUUCCAUUAACAACACAUACAUAGCCAGUUCCGGUGGCAGUUCCGUUUCGGGUUCCGGCUCUUCGGCCAGCGGAACUUCCGGCCGCAGUCAGCAGUCACAAUCGCAUCCAUCCCGCAACUCAACCACCAUGAAGCGUAGCCAUCUGAGGCCGGUCAACUCCUCUGGUUCCGGCGCGGGAUUAGCAGGCGGAUCUGCUGGAUCUGCUGGAUCUUCUGGAUCAGGAUCAGGAGGAGUCAUCGCUGCACCUGCUCCACCGCCGCCGGCGAUGAAUGAAGGAGCCAAUGCCAGUGGCUCAGUGGGCAGCAGUCUCUCCAGUGCCAUAACCGAGGAGCUCAAGAAGCGCAAAGAGAAGCAGCAGCAGCAUCAGCAGCGCAACAAUCGAGAUCGAGAUCGGGAUGUGAAUGGAAAUGGAAACGUGGAUCGCCAGCUGAUGGGCCACAAUGGAAAUGCAGUUGGAAAUGGAGUUGGAAGUGGAGGGCACCGCGGCUGCAGCUCCGGCGGCCAAGUGUCGCAUCGCCAGCGGGCGAAUGUUGCUGGCGUGGCUGCAACAUUGCAGGGCAGCGAACGCAUCAGCAAUUUGCCAGGCGCUGGAGGGGCAGGUGGUUCAAGUGGCUCAAGUGGCGCUGGCGGAGAUCAGCACACGGCGCUGAUGGACGAAUUCAAGCGGGCGCACCAGCGAAUGUUCAGGAACGGGUUCCAUGAGAGCGAGCACAAGGAGCGCGGUGAAACGCUGAAACGCACCUCGAUUAUGCCGGAUGAGAGCUGUUAUCGGAACAGUAUCAACAGCAAUGGCUUCAGCGGCAACAGGAGCAACAGCAACACAAGCAGCACAAGCAACACAAGCAACACGGGCAACACAAGCAACACGGGCAACUUCAGUAGCAACAAUCGCCUGCAGCCCCAGAACGGAGUCCAUCCGGCGAAUGGCAACGGGUCGCCGGAACUGCCGCCACCGCCACCGCAGUUCGCCAAUCCGCAGACAAAGCAGAUGCCGCCGCAGCAGCUCAAGCUGAUGACCGGAAACGCAGCGGCGAACGGAAGCGGAAGUGGAAAUGGAAGUGCAAGCGGAAAUGGGCUGGGCAACGGCAGCUUGGCCAAGGUCAAGCAGCCCAUGUCGCCCAUGCGCAGUGCCAGCAUCAGUGUGGGCGGAUUCCGACCACCAGCCACGCCCCAGCCCGACUACGAUGCCGUCCAGCUGCGAUCGCCGCCAGCAAGCGGUGCGGUUUCUGGACGGGAUGUGGCCACGAGCCAGCAGCAGCGGCGCACCCUGCGACUGGGCACCGUGACCAUUGGGGAGUACGGGGAUCAGCGGACGACGACGAAGCGGGAAACGCUGCGCAAAACGAAUGGCGAGCCCGCAUCCAAUGGGAUCCUGAAGAAUGGCAGCAGUCGGAGCAGCGCCAGCUUCAAUCACGGCUCCUCCUCCCAUCACGCGGAGAAGUCCAUCAAGUUUGGGAACUGAUCGGGGUCAUAGCGAUACUACUUUUGUGCAAUAUGCUCGAUGAUUUUGUGUGAGAAUCAACACGGAGAGUACAAAAAAUCGGACGUGCAGCGGUGUUGCAUAGGCAUAUGCAUAUCUACCAUAUCCAUUACUUUAUACCACUUUUUUUUUGUUUACAUCUAAUUUGUACUAUAUUUUAUUACGAUUUGUUGGAAAUAUUGUGUCACUAGUUGCUAUUAUUUAACAAACACUGUAAAUAACCGACGGGCAAGCGAGUGUGUGUGUUUCCAAUAAAGCAUAUACAUACAUACAUAUGUA